AUGAUUCAAAUCGGGGCCGUGGAGUGUCGGUUGUCGAGGAACGAUUGCAGGAUAUUCGUCGACCGGGAUCUACGAAAUCUACGCCUCGAUCCCACCCAUUUUUUCGUAGAUCGCUUGCUCUGUCUCAACCUCCGUCUCGUCGCACUCUGGAAUCGCUCCUCUGGUGUUUUGUUUCAUCCGCUACCACCGCUGUUGCAUGCAAACGCUGCCCUGCAGGAGUCACAGAUCACGAUAACAAGAUCGCUUCGUGAUUGGUCACAACCGCAGCAGCGCGAGUUGCUCCUCCUCGUCUCGCUCAAGCAAAGGCUGCCCGUUGGUGUUCGAGGGAACCGAAGGGGACUGGCAGAGCUAGGCGUAGCAGCGGCGGAGACAGCCGCCAUGAGCAACAACGAUGUGCUUUCGUGGAAGCGGGGCUGGAUACCCAGCGCCAUCGCGGUGUCUCUGCUGUUCCUGCCGCUUGAAUCCGUCGGUCUUGAGGCUUUCGAGCCGGGGUGGGAGCGCGGAAUAGCAGCAUUCGUGGCCCUGGAGGUCGUGCGGGUGGGAGCGGUAGGGUUACUGCCGUAUUGGUGGAGAGAGAUCGCUAGGAGGACGGGUCCGUUGACGGACAGAAGUCGGGAGCAGUUCGGGGGGCAACUUACCUCCCUCCUGGUGUCCAGCUACCUCACCUGGAGCAUCAUUAGAUGGGACUGGCAGCUGACGAACAAGCUGCCUUUUAUUCAGACGGUGGGGGAGGACCACACGGGCGUGGUGUUCAGCCUGAUGGCGAUCAUGCUGUCGUACAUCGUGCACGACACUUGGCACCUGGUGCGGUCGUGGCGGGUGAACCGCAACCGUGUGAUGCUUAUCCACCACUUCGUGUUCGCCGUCAUCAGCAUCAUGGGGAUGAGGUUCCGGCAGCUGCCGAUACACAUGCGGAUUCACUUCAUCAUGUUCUCGGCCGAGAUGUCAACCCCGCUCCUCAACGGGCGUUGGCUGAUGCGCCACAUCGGGCUCGUCCACAAGUCCCACGUCAUCAUGAUCGCGACUUCCUUCUCCUUCCUCGUGCUGUUCCUGGUGACAAGGAUAAUGUUGUACCUCUUCAUGAUCCUCGACAUCAUCCAGCUCUACGCGGAGCUGAUCAUGCCGAUGCCCCUGCGCUCUGUCUUUCUGGGCGCGGUUGUCGUGUCGUACGUGGUCAACCUGUACUGGGCCUGGCUCAUCAUUGGCGCGCUGUUCGGGAACGAGGGCAAGCGGAGGGGGGGUCCAACGCUGACAGUGAACCACCCAGACACGCAGAAGAAGUCGAAGGACGCAUGACGGAACCUUCUCGGGUCAUGCCACAGCCUACGUAAUUUUCUAUUUGGAUCUUGGAAGAGAGAUGGUUUUGUACCGCGUCCGUGCCCCGUGCUUGUUGGUGAUAGGCUUGUGCAUUCGGAUCGUGUGUGUGCUUGUUUCGUGCUCUCCGGAGAAAGUCUUUAGGGUGGGAGGUGGGGGGUGUUGAUGGUUGUCCUACCCUUUUGUGUGUUGACCGAGAUAAUUUAAGCAAAUUUUGUGUUACGUUGUAGGGAGAGCUGAUGAUGUGGAGUAAAUUAAGUCGCGACCUCUUCGCCCGUACGUUACGUGGGCGACGAUGGUGGUGUGGUCGGGAAAUCGUUUUUUUUUCAGAUUUUUUUUUUGUCAAAGGGCAGGGCGUUGAGGCCGUUCGGACAACACGUUGUAGGCGGUUGCGCCGUUCAUGAGUUUGUAGGUCGUGGGUUCUACACGAAGGACGCGCUGUUCGCUUCGCGACUGCGCUAUGCAACCACCGAUGUGGUGGGGUCGGAGUGCUACUUUCAUCGUGCAGGCUUUUCUUGGUACGUUUGCCUAUCGCUCGGCGAUGUCACACCCCAUUUUGCGCGCCUGGAAAAAAAUUAUUGAAUCUUCUUUGU